CGUAGCACAAAGUGAUGCCAAAAUGUUUUUCGCCCUUUUUCGCAUUCGUAACAUUGAGGCGAUUUGAGGCAAAUGACACUGUAUUAAGACGCCAGAGUUAUGCUCCCAGCAUCAGUGGUGACCUUGCGGUCAUCGUUGGCAGCGGCUACGCGACUUAGCCUCAUAGCCGCACGAUGCCACGCAUCUCUUGGAACCCAGCAUGUCCAAGCGUCUACCACGGGGAUCAAGGAGGAGGUGCAGUUCCCUGUGAGCGCCACGGUAUCUGAGCCAACUCCUGCGCAGACGACAGCUGUGAGCUUUGAGAUGGUGUGUAAACGAGUCGAGGAGGGCAAUGAAGUGGGCCUACCAAACGGCGCCGUGGUCGCAGCGUUGCGCAAGUUGCUCACCUCACCUCAGCAGGAUUCACGCAUGAUGGAGUGCUUUGCUCAUAGCAUACUCUGGCGUUCACGACGCAUGGCUCAUAACCUGUGCACCCUGCUCAGCCUGCAUGUCAAACAUCAGGACAGUGAAAUGGAGCAGCGAGUGGUGGAGCAUCUGCGAACGGUCAUACGAGAGCGACUGUCCGAAGCGCGGACAGUCAAAGACAUCGUGUGGCUUCUGGAGACAGCAGAGCAUAUGGGUGGCACCGAAGAAAGGCGGAAGUUUGUGCUCGAGGUGCAAGACCGGGCUUUGCAACUGGUGGUCUCUUUUCCACACUCGGAUGUUCGCUUGCUUGUGCGCACCUUGGCGCGAUUGAAAUUGCGGCCGACACCCUUGCUCCAGGCCCUAGCCUUCUACCUGUCCAAGGGCCCAAAGGAUGCUUCCCCAAAAGAGAUUGUCAGCCUCUUUCAUGCAUUUCAUGCACUGAGCUUCCCCGAGCCUUCCGUGCUGCUGCAGCUGUCCACAGCUUUUGUGGAGCAGCUCUCUGACAACACCAAGGCUUCCCUGGUUGCAGCGUGCUUCACAGGUGUAGGCCAGUUGUCUUGGAGGCACUGUGAACUUGUCAGUCAGUGCUCCAGUUGGAUGGUGACUCAUCGGGCCUCUUGCCGUCCGAAUGACUUCACUGCCUGUCUGCUUGCCCUGGCACGGCUGCAGUACAUGCCCGAAUGCGCAGACCAGCUUUUCCCGAUGCUGCUCGAGGAACUCUCUGAAGACCACUUCACGAGCAUGCCCUCUGUCUGGCUUGACAUCGUCUGGUCACUAGCAGCGCUUGGCAAAGUCAAGCAGACACACCUGGACUCUGUUCUUCAGCCUCAUUUUUACACUCCUCUUCUGGAGGACUCGUCUCUUGCUGUACCUUCACGACAAAAGCUGCUCAACAUAAUCACCGUGAAUGACUUGGAAUUUCCCGACGGUCCUUGUUUCCCAAAAGAAAUGGUCGAAUCUAUUGUUCAGAACUACAAGGUACCAGAAGCGGGAGCACUGCAGCGUUCGGUCAGGGAAGCACUGACCCAACUUGCGCCUCUGGGGAGGUACUUUUUGCAGAACCCAAGCUUACCCUAUGGACUUGCUGCAGAUGGAGAAUUGGUUGUGGACAAAAAUGCGCAGCCCAUUUUGCUUGACUAAGCUGAGCCAGAUCACCAUAGAAUCGUGCUGGUGGUGCUUGACUAUAAGGAUUUGACAUUGCAUAGCCAAGUCCCAACAGGCGUCAAUGCCCUUCGGAUGCGGCUCCUCAAACACCUCGGCUACAAGGUGUUGCAGGUUCCCUACACGGAGUAUGAUGACAAAAAGCCUGCCCUGCAAAGAGUCAAAUACCUGCAUGAGAAGUUACUCCAAUGUGUUGCUAGGCCGUAAAUACCACUGUACAUAUUAUACUGCUCCUCCUCCUUAAAAUAAAUGCAUAAAACUAAAACCAGGCA